AGAGUACCAGAACAUUUGAGUAGCGCGCUCUUUUACAACUAACUCCCUCCCCGGUAAAACCCAAACCCCGCGGGCCACCGCCUUCAGCCUUAUAAAAUCAACUUUUAUCUUUGAGAAGUGAUCAGCUCAAGAUUCUUGAUUUUCUGGACACCCUUUUACUGAUUACUUCCAAUGACAGAAACCAGAACCUGUGAAUUUGAUCAUAACAACAACCCAAAGAAGAACACCAGGAGUACUGAAGAACUCAAAGAUGGGUUUUCUGGGUUGCCCUAUUCUGGGGUUGAAGAUGGGUUAUCUGGGUUACCCUGUUUUGGGGUUGAAGAUGAUAAAGGUGGAAUCUUGGAAGAUGGGUUUGCAGAAAAAGGGAAGAAGAAAAGGAGAAUUUGUGAAAUGGGUCAGUUGAGUGAUCCAUUAGUUGUUCUUGGGUCAGAUAUUAUGUUGAUGAUUUUGAGCUGUCUUGACGCACGCAGCGUGGCACUGUGUCUCCUUGUAUCUUGUGGGUGGAGGGGUAUUGCUUCUUCUGAUAAGAUUUGGAGCUCCAAGUGUGAAGAAUUAUGGCAAGGCAAAACACAUUUACCUCGGAUAGCAAAAGUCAAUGAUUUAUCGAAGUGGGCGGUUUACUCACUGUCCAUAAUGGAUGGUAAACGUAAGCGAAUAAGAAAGGAGGAUUUGUAUGAUCAUGUGUGGGAGUUCCAUUUCACCGAGGCGGCUCCUGAGUAUUGGCGAAUGCUCGAUCCCUACUGGAACGGAACAGGACGUCCCCUGCGCCGUUAUUUCCUUCCAGAUGGAAGUCAGACUGCAGAACCAGAUGACAAGAUAUGGGGUGGUCAUGAGUCUUGCUACUCCAUAGUAACUAGCGUGCUUGCAGAUGGGAAAAUAAGAGCACACUAUGUGAGGAUAAACCGUUGGCCGCCGAUGUAUGUGACAAGGAAGGAAGAUUGGAGCUGGGAGAUCUCUAACAACUUCUGUACCUACAGGAGCAUACCAGAUGCUGAUAAAAAAGAUGGGACUGGACCUUUGUUUCUACUUCACUAAGCCUCUACUACUUUUGCAGUAGUAGUAUCAAUGUGCUUUGAAGCCAAACUAUGGAAAUGUUUGUUUUGUCUUUCGAUGGAGUUUGUGUUUGUUUGAAUAAUUGUAAGGCUGUGAAUGGAAAGACUACCAGGCCUUUUGUAAAGUA